UCUCCCUGUCUCUGUCUCUUUCUCUAUCUCUGCUUCUGGGCACUGUGGCUUGCAACAUCCAUUCUGCUUUUUCUGGCCCUAUCUUUCACCCUCCAGGCUCCCUGCAGCAGACGGCAGCGCAGAGCCGAGGAGAUUUCUCAGCAGCAGGUUCUCUUCCUCCAGGAAAAACGCCUUCCCCUUCCCCGCCCCCCAGCCCAGCGCUCGCCCAUCUGGGGACCGCGCGCCCCCGCGGGGUCGGCCCUUAUCUUCGGGCAGCGCCCUUGCAGGCGGCGACAGGCGCGCGGACUACAACUCCCAGCCUGCCCCGCGCGCGCCAGCCCGCCGCCGCCGCCCCGGGGCCCGAGUGGGCCGUGGCUCUCCCGUCCCGAAGGUUCCGGCUCGCGCGGCGGCGGCGGCGGCGGCGCACGCGGGCCGCGGGGAGCGGGGAGCGCGCGGGCUCAUGGCGGGGCUCCUGGGCCGGCGGGGCGCGGGCGCGUGCUGGCGCGGGCUGCGUGCGUGGUGCGCGCCCCCGCGGAGCCGCGCGCUGGGCCUGGGCCCGGUGUCUGGCGGCGGCGGCGGCGGCGGCGGCGGCGCGGGGCUGCGGGGCGGCCGGGUGGCCGCGGCGCUGGCCGGGCUGGCGGGGCUGGCGGCCGCGGCGCUCGGGCACGCGGAGCGCGCCGAGAUGGUGUCCCGGAGCCCGGGGCCGCGGGGCCCCGAGGACGAGGACGACGAGCUGGCCCGCCGCUGCCGCCGCUUCAUGGCCCGGCCCGUGACCGACCUGCAGGAGCUGCGGGCGCGGCCGGGCGACAUGAAGACCCGGAUGGAGCUGCUGAUCCUGGAGACGCAGGCCCAGGUGUGCCAGGCGCUGGCACAGGUCGAUGGGGGCGCCCGCUUCUCGGUGGACCGCUGGGAGCGGAAGGAAGGAGGAGGGGGUAUCAGCUGUGUCCUUCAGGAUGGACACGUUUUUGAAAAAGCUGGCGUAAGCAUUUCUGUCGUUCACGGGAAUCUUUCUGAGGAAGCAGCAAAACAAAUGAGAAGCAGAGGGAAAAUUUUGAAGACUAAAGAUGGUAAAUUGCCGUUUUCUGCUAUGGGAGUGAGCUCUGUUAUCCACCCAAAGAAUCCUCACGCUCCUACCAUUCAUUUCAACUACCGAUACUUUGAAGUAGAAGAAGCUGAUGGUAACAAGCAAUGGUGGUUUGGCGGUGGCUGUGACCUCACUCCAACAUACUUGAACAAAGAGGAUGCUGUGCAUUUUCACAGAACUCUAAAGGAGGCUUGUGACCCGCAUGGUACAGAUCUCUAUCCCAAAUUUAAAAAAUGGUGUGACGAUUACUUCUUCAUCACCCACCGAGGAGAGCGGAGGGGCAUCGGCGGGAUUUUCUUCGAUGACCUGGACUCUCCGUCCAAGGAGGAGGUGUUCGGCUUUGUGAAGAGCUGUGCCCAGGCCGUGGUUCCUUCUUACAUUCCCCUGGUGAAGAAGCACUGCCGUGACUCGUUCACCCCCCAGGAGAAGCUGUGGCAGCAGCUGCGGCGGGGACGGUAUGUAGAAUUUAAUCUGCUGUAUGAUCGGGGCACGAAGUUUGGGCUCUUCACUCCCGGCUCCAGGAUUGAGAGCAUCUUGAUGUCUUUACCUCUGACUGCCAGAUGGGAGUACAUGCACUCACCCUCAGAGAACUCCAAAGAAGCUGAAAUCCUGGAAGUUCUUCGACACCCAAGGGACUGGGUGCAUUGAUGCAGGCAGUGACCUUGGGUCACAUAUGAUUUCCUGUUCUGCUGUCUGAGUCUGGUGCCACUCUGUGUCACUUCCCUAUCUGUGCCUUAGAUUUCCAGUCUUUACACUGGGGCCCACUAUCUCCUGGCAAGUGGUUUUAAGUGUUUAAUGUGUUUUAAGUACCCUAAGUUUACAUAGGAUGCGUUUUAGUGGUGUGGUGGCAUGUUGUCAGUCAUUUGGUUGAUAGGACAUUUAGACUUUUAGAAUCACCUUAUGUGAUUAGUUUACAAAAUAAGUCAUUGUAUUUCCAAGUAUUGAGUUAAAGCAGUCUAAACAUCAUUUGUAUCAGGAAAUGUCUUGUUAUUCUGUGUUACAUAUAUUUUUUAGCAUUUUAGUUUCUGCCUCCGAAAAAAUGUGUUGUGGAGCAAUUUUAUUUUCUUUAAUGAAAUGAGUAUAAGACUCAGAACUAGUAAAUUUAGCAAGUAACUUGAUGGUAAAAGUUUUACUUUGUCAUUUAUAUAGUCACUUUGAUCAUAAUCUUUGUUUCUUUGAAGAUCUUACUAUUGUAAAAGUCAUUUUUAGAAUGAAGAAUAUUUAAAAUACACUUCAGAUUCCUUAUCUCUGCAUGUGUGACAAUUGAGUUCCUGUAGUUACACUGUAGUGACAUAGUCGUCAUCUAAAAAAGGGACAUCUAAUUGUAAUUUUGAUUAUUUACAACUACAAUUUGUCAUAGAUUCUCUGUAAUGCUGAAUGUGAAAGCUUACUGGAGUCUGGUAUUUAAACUUUAGAUUUCAGACUAGGAAGUAUUGUGAAUUUAGGAAAUGCUUUUCUUUUGGGAAAUGAGGAAAUGAGAUGAAAGUAGGCAUUUUAUAAAUAUGUAUUUUUGAAGGUAGAUAAUGAAAAUUAUCUUCAUUUUAAAUAAGAGAUUCUGCAAUCCUUAAGACAGAAUUCAAGAGCUGAAGAGAUAGUGAAGGUGUUGCGGCAUUUGGCUUGUACGCAGCCAACUGUUGCCUGCUCCCUGGCACUGCUUAUGGUACCCUGAUUGCCACAGAGAGCAACCCUUGAGCACAGAGCUGGCUGUAGCUUCAGGGUGUGGCCAUAAAGCCAAAAAAGGACAAAUUAUAAUAGAAUUCUUAAUAUAACUUUUUUUCAUAUAAUAUGAAUAUUUUAUUUUACUAAUGGUGCAUGGAAGUAUUUAAGGAAUCAUACUUUCCUACAUAUUAACAAGCAUUAUUCUGUGAUGUGUUGAAUGUAUAUGACUGUGUGUGACUGUAGAGUUGAAAAAUAUAUGAAUUUAGUUUUAAAAAUUUCACUAAUAAAUUUUAUCAUAAAAUAUGACUA